ACAAUCGAAAUAAACCGCCGAGAUAAACAGGAGUUUAUCAGGAGUGAUAAAUAUUCCCUCCGUAAAAAAAAAUAAUGACGGCUUCAGUUCAGCGUUUCAGGCAGUUUUUAUGCGAGCGACUUUCAGCUGCUGCAGAGGAAAUAUUCGCAGUGUUUGAGAAAACUGUUACCGAGUACGAGGAGGAGCUCAAACGCCAGAGAAAACUACUGGAUUUCUUGAAUCCUCAAGUCAGGAUCCACAGGAUAGACGUCCCACAGUUACAUGUCGGCCAGGAGACGUUUUUUCCUCCUCAGGAGCCGGAGCCUGUCCCAAUAAAAAAGGAACCGGAGGAAAUCUGCAGCCGUCAGGACACGGAUCAGUUUCCAGUGAAACAGGAGACUGAUGCGGUUGGUCUUUUAUGUGGGGAGCUGGACCAGAGUCGAGGUGAAAAUCUUCACUUAAAUCAUAAUGAAACUCAGGAAGAUGAACCACAACCAAACACUGACCAGCUCACUGAACUCACUGGUCCCUGCUCACAGUCAGCUGAGAGCCAAGAUUACAGAAAGGAAGACAUUGUAGAUGAGGGGUCGAGUAAUAACCCGAGCCUCAACCCCGAGAUAGAGGUACAAAACACAGACAAUACACAGAGCAACCGCAACAUUUCUACCGUGUCACAGACAAGUCAAACGGAUCUUGGAGAUUACGUAAGCUCUUUUAAAUGUGACACCUGUGCGAAAGAAUUUCCAUUUCAUUCUAAGUCGACCAGACGCCAGAAAUCCAAGAGCGGACAGAAGCGGCACCCUUGCGACCACUGUAGUAAACGGUUCACUCAUAAAUCAAUGCUGGAAGUUCAUAGAAGAGUCCACACGGGAGCCAAGCCUUUCGCGUGUAACACCUGUGGUAAGAGAUUCAGGCAGACAUCACUCCUGAAUAUUCAUCGGAGAGUCCACACAGGAGAGAGGCCGUACUCUUGCGACACCUGCGGCUACGCAUUUAAAGACAGGGCGGCUUUGCGGAAACACAUCAGGACACACACGGGUGAGAAACCUUACGCCUGCACCACGUGUGGGAAGAGAUUUUGCCAGGCGAUGUACUUGAGAAAGCAUGAAAUAUUGCACUCUGAUAAAAACCCACAUCACUGCAAAACCUGCGGGAAAUAUUUCAAAUCUCGUAUUGGUCUGGAAGUCCACGUGACGACCCACACGGGCAAAAAGCCGUAUCAGUGUGACGUCUGUGGGAAAGGAUAUUUUCGUUCCUCCAUCUUAAAGAAGCAUAAAUUAUUACAUCAGGGAAAGUGACAUUUUAUGAGAGGGUUCAUUUGUUGCCUGAGGACUAAACACUAAGAACCCACAGAAGUUUUUGUUGAGAAGAGUUCCCCAAAAUGUUGUUUUCUUUUAUAUGACUGUAAAACUGUGAAAGAUGUCACAACAUUACUGUUUAAGACUUGAGUUGGUUCAAAUAUCAUGUUAAAGCUCCCAGUUUAAUUAAACGGAUGAAUGUUAUCUCAUCCAGUUUGCAAUGUGCAGUAUAGUGUUGAUAGAAAGAAGCAGAAAUAGAAAGAUUUGUGAGAGGACUUUUGUUGUGUUUUAUACAAAUGUGUUCGCUGUGAAAUAUGUUGAAAGGACAGUCAAAGGUUCGCUGUUUGUGGCAGAAAGUUGGUCUGCUGUUUAAAAUGGCGUACAUGCAGAUGUGUGAAGGAAAAUGGAAAAAUCGUGCAGAAAAAACCCAUAAAAAAUCCAGGUGCUGGCACUCAAAUGGGUUUAAAAUGGUAAAAGGGCUUUAAUUCAAUGGGCUGGAGUCAUUAAAAAAAAAAAAAAACACCGACGCAUUUCAGCUUCCGUCUUCACCCUGAAGAAGGUACCUGGACCUGGAUUUAUUAUACGUUUUUUUGCAUGAUUUCUCCAUUUACUUUCACCAGUAGCACUCAAGUCAUUUUUCUUUUCUAAAUGCAGAUGCAUUUUUACAAAUGGUGUGUUAUCAGAUUCGUAUUCUGAUAAGAAAUGAGUCUGGCAAUGCCUUACUAGUUAUAUAUGGCUCUGUAGAGAAUAUUACUGAAUGUCUCUGGGAAAAGAAUAGUAGUUACCAGAUGUAACCCUGGUUCUGUGAACACAUGAGUUGCUCUGUAAUUCAUACAUAUAUUAGUUUGUUACAGGUUCAUGACUGAUUCAGGGAGAAAAUAUGAAAAAUAAAAUAUACACUAUAUAGACAUUAUAGACGGGAAGUACACUAAACUUGUUAUGCUCCAUCUGUGGGACAUCUACCCACUCCCAGGGUGAAACUCAGGGUUUUUGAGCUGCUACACAGAUUUAUUCAAAAGAAAAAAAAAAUGCAGCACAUUACAAAAAGAGUAAGAAUUGUAAGUUGGGAGAUAAAGUGAACAGUGGGGAUGGAGAGUGGAUGGGACUGUAUUUAAAUGCCUUGACCUUAUGCCUGAAGCAUUCAUGAAAAUGUGCCACAAGCGUUCAUGUGAGUGUGAAUAGAGGAGUCACUGAAAUAACCUUUAACGUUACACCGCUGCCCUGUUCCAGGCCUAUUUGAUUGUAAAAUUAAGGAAUUGUUCAAGGUGAAGUCUUUUUAUGUUUUUUUUUACUAUUAGACAAAUGAGGGGGUGAAGUCACACUACGUUGUAGUUUAUCGUCACCGCUGAAGGUGACGUAACAACAUUCAGUAAAACACAUAAGAAGCCGUCAGUGAAGCAUUAAAGCUUCGUGGGAGCUUCAAAAAAGUCAAUCAAUGAAUAAGGAAGAGAAACACCACAGGACCAUCUUUUCUUUUCUCGUAAUUUGACUAGUCUGGACUGAACUCUGAACAACAAACUGUCUUAAACUACAAUACAAUUUGGAUUUAUUUGAUAUAGGAAAAAAAAACAUCUUUUUUUUUUUUUUAUAGAGUCAUUAAAGUAGGUUCAAGAAUGGCUUUCACAUAUUUUUAUUUACUCAACCACAAAUAGAAGUAUGGAAUAGAUGCCUACCUUUUAAUUUUGUGUAUUUUUUUUUUUUAUAUUUAUGUUUAGGGUUGUUGUUUUUUUUUUUUUUUAGAUUUGUGGGGUUUUUUUUUCUGUAGUACCACAUGCCUGCUGUGUUCCUGUGUUGCAUCCGUUAUUAUUUUUGCUCUGUUUAUUAUUAUUAUUAUCAUUUUAGUUGUUUUUAGGUGUUCUUUUGUUAUUAUUAUUAUUAUAUUGCUUAUUUCACAGUAUCUAAAUACUCUGUGUCUUAAUACUAAAGAAAGAAAAGCUAAUUGACAAUUUGGUUUGUACCUUGAACUUCUUAAUAAAGUGUUGUUGCGGGAAAAAAAACAGGAGUUUCAUUAUAAUGAGUCCGGCGGAAGUUAGAACAUUAAGUGAGGAACAGAUAAGUGAUGUUUCUGUUUUUCCGCUGUCAUUUGUAUUUCCACUCUUCAUCGUCCUCUUCAAGUCCCUGAGCUACGCGGUGACCACGCUCGGCAUGUUAAAACAGUCGGGGAGCACUACAAGCGCCUCGUUUGUGGGCAGAGUUUCAGUAUUUAUACAGACUUGAACCUGCACAUGAAGAUGCCUGCAGGCGAGAAGCGUUACCGCUGCAAGAUCUGCAAAAAAAGAGUUUGCAUCAAGGUCGUCUGUGUCGCGGCAUCUUCGAGUGCACACGGGAGAGAAGCCUUAUGAAUGCGGCCUGUGUGGGAAAAGAUUUAAUGACAACAUGACACUUAAAGUUCAUUACAGAAUCCACACGGGGGAAAAACCAUAUAAAUGUAAGAACUUGUGGCAGAGGCUUCACUUCCUCCUCAAAUCUCAAAAAGCACGAAAGCUACGUGUUCCCGAAUGAGAAAUGUUAUUGAAAGCAACAGUAAAGUGGUGUCAGUUUGUAACUUGAUUUAUUCGUGUUGGGACGUAUUUCAGGGGGUGUAUUACCUCAUAUCAAAGGCUUCAAUAAAACUGACAUCUCA